AUGGCCAGAACGAAAGCCCAAGCGAUAGAACAGGCUGGCGCGCCGCCUUCGUGGGACACACAGACUCUUGCGCGCACUCUUGACGACCAUGGCUCGGCUCCAAUCAAGAUCGCUUGGUCACGCACAAAUGGCGACUCCUCGCCCCUUCCACCUUUUCCAUUUCAUGUCUAUCUGACCCGUGGAGCAGACUCGUUGACCGCCGAUGAAGUCUUGGGCUAUCAGCUUCUAUAUCGUCUACACACACAGGAGCUUGCCGACCCGUGCUGGCAUCUCGAGCUGUUCACGGUCGUUCAGGAUAACGUCUUCGCCUGCGUAGAGCAUUACGAGCAAGAGAAGGCCUUCAGGAAGUUUGGAUUCCAUGCACCUUACAUGCCAGACAAGAAUUGUUUCCUAGUCAUCGACUCGGACAAGUGGAGAGAUGAGGGGCUGCUAUCGGUUCGAUACACAAAGGAGAGAGCUCACCUGCCUUACAAUGUGACGGCUGAGAGAUAUAAGAGUUGGAAUCACUUAGCAACUCGUCUCAGAGGGGAGUGGUCUGAACAGGGAAUGACAAACAUCGAGGAGCUGCUCGACGGGGAGAAUCUUGCUCGUGGUUGGCCAAUCAAUCUCAAUCUUUAUCCUGAGGGUGGUCCCGAUCAGACCGUCAAUGGAAUGACGCUCGCUACGUAUGAACAACCGAAUUCGUCCUCGGAUCAGCCUGCCGAUGAGGCGCCAGAUUUCGAGGACAUCAGCGUACACAUGAAUGGCACCGUCGCUGAGAAGCGCCAAGAUUCUGAAGGUUUCCCUUAUACAGCACUACGGUACGACGCGAGCCAGGCUCCUCGCUUUGUCUAUUACCUCUUUGUACUCGGUCGCGAUAUAUCAUCCGAGGACAUCUUGAAAGUCUUUACGCGGCUCAAUACAGGCUUGCUGGCUGACGUAUCAUGGACUUUGCACUUAUACCCGGACGCCACCAUGUCUUCCGCCUCCUCAAUCUUUGCACGAGCCAUGAAUUCAAGAGGCCAAUCGGACACGUCAACACACAUCCCUUCCAGCUAUGCCGGGCCUCCACUACAGAUGUAUCGAGAUGUAUACAUGUGUCUCGACGCUUCAAAGCCCCAGCCCGACGCGCCCAGUUUCUGUCUUGCUCGUCCAGGUCCAAACACUUUCCCGCGAUUGGAUUCUGAUGUGGACGACCUCGACCGCGUUCCAAACCAUCAAGACAAGUAUGCUGGCGAGCCGGACAGUCUUGAUCUUUACACAUUCAAUCCUGGGUCAUGGGAGCUUGCGGGAGAUAUGCUUCACACCUAUUUCACCCUCUGCUCACACACUCAGGCCGUAACUAGGUCGCUUUCCUCCUCCCCUAGUCCCAGUAUCUCCCUAAGUAUUUCAGUCAACUCAGAACUCAGCUCCAUUGCAGCGAUUGCUUCGCCGAUAGAGCUGUUCAUCACUUCUCAUGCCUCGUGCCCACUCACGCUGAAUGUCACGGGCACGAUCUUCGACACAUCAGACUGGCACUCGUAUCUACGCAUUGUUCAAAUCGACACCUCCGUUGAGUUACAUAUCGACCCUGUCAACAAAAGACCAACUCGCGUGUCUUCCCUUGGGGAACGCCUGCUCGACUACGGCUUCACAAAGCGCGUUUCAGACACCGGCGACGAUCGACCCCCACAUCUCAUAACUCUUUAUCCCAACACUCCGCUACAGCUACCCGUGCAGCGCCCGUUACCCGCCGAAUCUCUUGCCAACUUGCGCCCUGACGAGAAUGCAGACGACAAACGGUUCCUUGACAACCACAAAGUCGAAGGUCAAGCACAUUUCAAUGCACCUGACAUUUUCCAGAAGAGUUUGUAUGAGAGGUAUCAAGGCAGUUGGAAGGUCGGGAAACGUCAUACCAUUGAGCUGCGUGAUGACACUACGAUUCCGAGAUGGACUUGGGGUACUGCUGCGGAGCUCCAGGGACCUUAUGGGUUGCCAGCGCUUGCUAUCUAUGUGGAAGAGGGAGGGAGUCGGGAAUUUGUGCUUAUAGAUUGA